AUGUCUAUCGCACCACAACAACCAGCGGAAUUGAAGAAAAAGCCCAUUUCGUUUUCCAACAUCUUGUUGGGCUCAGCGUUGAACCUCUGCGAGGUUACAACGCUGGGACAACCUCUCGAAGUUAUCAAGACAACGAUGGCUGCUAAUCGUAAUCUGAACUUUUUGCAGUCUGUUAAACACAUCUGGUCUCGUGGCGGUGUUUUCGGGUUUUACCAAGGUCUGAUCCCAUGGGCCUGGAUUGAAGCGUCCACUAAAGGUGCAGCUUUACUUUUCGUCUCUGCGGAGGCCGAAUAUCAGUUCAAAAGACUAGGUUUGGGUAACUUUGGUGCUGGUAUCAUGGGUGGUGUUUCCGGUGGUGUUGCUCAAGCUUAUUUGACUAUGGGUUUCUGCACAUGCAUGAAAACGGUGGAAAUCACUAAGGCCAAAUCUGCUGUUGCUGGUGCAGUUCCUCAAUCUUCGUGGUCCGCUUUCAAACAGAUCUACAACAAGGAGGGUAUUAGAGGUAUUAACAAAGGUGUCAACGCGGUUGCUAUCAGACAAAUGACCAACUGGGGUUCUCGUUUUGGUUUUUCGAGAUUGGUGGAAGAAGGUAUCAGAAACGUCACUGGCAAAACCAACAGCGACGAAAAGCUCACCGCUGUUGAAAAGAUCUUGGCCUCGGCCAUCGGUGGUGGUUUGAGUGCAUGGAACCAGCCUAUCGAAGUUAUCAGAGUGGAAAUGCAAUCCAAGAAAGAUGACCCUAACAGACCAAAGAAGCUAACUGUUGGAUCUGCUUUCUCUUACAUCUACCAAUCUAGCGGUAUCAAGGGUCUUUACCGUGGUGUGGCUCCAAGAAUCUGUCUAGGUGUUUGGCAAACCGUUUUCAUGGUCGGUUUCGGUGACAUGGCCAGGGAACUUGUGGGCAAACUAACUGGUGAAACACCAGCUGCUAAGCACUGA